UCCCACUCCCACUCCCCCUGCCCACCGUCACCCGCGUUAUUGUCCUUGUUACUGAGACAUAUUAGCAUUUGCUCUUUUUUGAGGCAUAUUUUGAAAUAGACCUCAAACAUUUAGAUCGCCAUGUCUCAAGCUGCACAACGUCUCUCACAGGUCGCUUCGCAUAUGACCUCCACCAAAGGAGGCGUUUCUGCGCUGACCGCCAAACACCCCGAUGAUAUCGUCGUGACAUGCGCCCUCCGAACGGCCAUCACCAAAGGUGGCCGUGGCGGUUUCAAGGAUACUGCCGCCGCCGACCUCUUGGCCGGUGUUUUCAAAGCCGUGAUUGAGAAGUCCAACAUUGACCCCGCGCUCGUGGAAGAUAUUGCGGUCGGAUCCGUUCUUGCGCCUGGCGGUGGUGCUACUGAGUUCCGUGCUGCCGCUCUUGUUGCUGGAUUCCCAGAAGGAACCGCCGUCAAGGCUCUGAACAGACAGUGCUCCAGUGGAUUGCAGGCGAUCGUUGAUAUCGCAAAUGCCGUGAAGGCUGGUGUUAUUGAAGUCGGUAUUGGUGCUGGUGUUGAGAGCAUGUCUUCGCAGUAUGGACCCGGAGCUGUCUCUGAGUUCUCCGACCUCCUAGAAAGCCACACUGAAUCUGCCAACUGCAAAGUCCCCAUGGGUAUCUUAUCAGAGCAAAUGGCCAAGGACCUCAAGAUCAGCCGUGCUGAGCAGGAUGUCUUCGCCGCCUCUUCUUACCAAAAGGCCGAAAAGGCUCAAAAGGAGGGUCUGUUCAAUGAAGAAAUCGUCCCUCUGACCGUCAAGGUUACCGACCCCAAAACCAACGAGGAAAAGACCGUCGUUGUCAACCGCGACGAUGGCGUCAGAGCCGGCAUGACUCCCGAAUCCCUUGCUAAGAUCAGACCCGCUUUCGCAAAGGAUGGCUCCAUCCACGCCGGAAACUCUUCCCAGAUCUCCGACGGUGCUGCCGCCGUUCUCCUCAUGAAACGCUCCACUGCUGAGAGACUCGGCCAGAAGAUCAUCGGCAAGUACGUUACCGCCAGCGUUGUCGGCGUGAAGCCGCUCCUCAUGGGUAUGGGUCCAUGGAAGGCCAUCCCCGUUGCCUUGGAGAAGGCCGGUAUCACCAAGAACGAUGUUGAUAUCUACGAGAUCAACGAGGCCUUUGCUUCCCAGUGCUUGUGGUGUGCCAAGGAGCUCGGUUUGCCCAUGGAGAAGGUUAACCCCAAGGGUGGUGCUAUCGCCUUUGGUCACCCGCUGGGAUGCACUGGAUCUAGACAGGUCAGCACAUUGUUGACUGAAUUGAGAAGAACGGGCAAGAAAGUCGGAGUUACUAGCAUGUGUGUUGGAACUGGUAUGGGUAUGGCGGCUGUCUGGGUCGCCGAGUAAAAAGCUCCGUUGAUGAGAUGAUGACUCUUGUUCGGCUCUUCUAAGAUUUCUUUGCAUUUCGUCUCCUUUGCACAUUAUGAGCAUGCAACCUUGUAUCCCUACAUCUAGGGCGUUUUUAUUGUAUAUUACUUCUUGUUUAUUGGUAUAAGGGAUAAAUAACCAGGAUAUUUACAUAUUUACAUACAGUCCUAUGUUUACGCUCCUCGAUGCUUUUUGAAGGCGUCAAAUACGGUACAGCCAUUCAAUACAUCUUCCUUGACCCGGUCAUCAGCUUCGACAAGUUUCGGCAUUAACGCCAGAACGUCGUCGAGCAAGUCCUGCGGAAUUACCACGACUCCUUCAAGUGGAUCACAAAAUGCGAUGUCACCCUAAACAUAGGGUAUCAAUCACCAACGUCAAGAGUUCACAAGGGAAAAGGAUUUGGGGAAAGCCCUACCGGCGAAACUGCGACACCACUAACAGAAAUCGGUACGUUUCGUGCACCAGGUUUGGCUUCAGCACCCGUGCCAACGGUGGACUGACCGCGCGCCCAUAUCUAUAUAUGUAUUCGGGUAUAAGAAUUUCAUAGAAUGCAAUCGUGGCACCGAAAACCUUGUCAGAGAGACGCCGAUACAUACCGGUAGCCCACUUGCUUUCAGUUCAGCCAUAUCCCUCACCCUUCCGUUAACGAUUACUCCUUUGGCACCGAUAACGCUCAUCCUCGCGGCCAUGAUUCCGCCGAGGACAGCACAUUUUUGGCCUUCGGGCUGAUCAAGCAGGACGAUGGUGUCACGCUGGGUGUGAUCUACCCAGUGUGUGGCUUCGGGAAAGCCGUGACGCUCCGGGUCUUGUUGUGCAAUGUGGAGGAAGGGUUGGGCUUUGGGGAUGAACUGAACAGUGGAGAUGGGAGCGAUCGUCUUAGAGGACGUUGAAGAUGGGGAGAGGAUGAGAGGACCUUUCGUGUUUAAAGAGGAGAAUUGGAUGAAUUCGAUUAGUUACUUGGUUCGUGUGGGCCUGGAGGAAUGGGG